AUGAUCCUUGGUGAAGCGGGGAGGAAGCAGAGGCACUUGCAGUUUGGGCAAGAGAUCUGGGUGAGAAAAUAUCAAACAGCGCAAAGGCGGCUGCAGAUGAGGAAGGAGCGACCAUCUCAUCCCAAAAACGGGGAAACCUCAGUGUUUCUGCUUAAAAAAGUGCUCCGGCAAAGAGGCGUCUUCGUCCCCUCCGGCCUGGAGGGGUGGUGA